UCUCGGCCCGGGGCACAGCUCAGUCCGAUCGAUCGAUCCGUCCAUUCCGUUCCCCCGCUCGGCAAUCAUGGAGUUCCCGCACCACCACCACCACCACGGCCACCGCCGCGACGAUGACGACGACGAGCGCCGCGGCCCGCCGCCGCCGGCCUACGGCGGCUAUGGCCAGCCGGACCCCUACGGCCGCCCGCCCGCGGACGACCCCUACGGCCGGGUCCCGCCCCCCUCCGCGUACGGCGCGGGUGGGGAUCCCUACGGCCGUCACCCGCCGGCCCCGAGCUACGGCCGCGCUGAGGAGGGCUACGGCGCGCCCCCGCCAGCCUACAGCGCCGGCGGCGCCGGCGGGUACGGCAACGUCGUCCACGUCGGGCACGAGGUCGGUGGCGAGAGGCCACACUACGGCGUCGGCGGCGGAGCGUACGGGGGCGGCGGGUCCGAGUACGGCCACGAGGGCCGCCCGCACCACGGCGGUGGCGGGUACGGCGGCGGCGGGUCCGAGUACGGCCACGAGACCCGCCCGCACCACGGCGGCGGGGGCGCGCCGCCGGUCAGGCAGCAGACGUACAGGAUCUACUGCAAGGCCGGGGAGGACCACUACAGCCUCGCCUCCCGCGACGGCAAGGUCUGCCUCGUGCGCACCGACCGCGACGACGAUACGCAGCACUGGAUCAAGGACAUGAAGUACAGCACCAGGGUGAAGGAUGAGGAAGGCUACCCUGCCAUCGUCCUCGUCAACAGGGCCACCGGAGAGGCUCUCAAGCAUUCCCUUGGCCAGUCACACCCUGUUCGUCUGACCCGCUAUGAUCCAGACACCCUGGACGAGUCAGUCCUGUGGACAGAGAGCAGGGAUGUUGGUGAUGGAUUCCGCUGCAUUAGGAUGGUGAACAACAUCUACUUGAACUUUGAUGCUCUGCAUGGAGACAAGGACCACGGUGGCGUGCGCGAUGGAACCACUCUCGUGCUGUGGGAGUGGUGUGAGGGUGACAACCAGCGCUGGAAGAUUGUUCCCUGGUGAACAAGCAAAUGUGUGGCUGUGCCACUCCAAGCAGCUCCUGUCUUAAUAAUAAGCGAAGUAAUAAGUAGUACCGUGGAUCUGGGGAUGAGUCUCCUCUGCAGUUAUUGCAGAGGAGUACUCUGGGAAUAAGGGGCGCCCCUGAAGGUGCCUGCGUGUGAUUACUCUUCUGCUCCAUUCCGUUGUUCUUCUGUGUUUCUGCUUGGUUUGAACAGCGUACGCUAUAAUUUGUAAUGCGCCAUAUGACAAGUGGCAGCGAUUGUAUUGUUUCAACUGACUGUCGUUGGACUAAGUGUGAUGAGUGAUGUACGAACCUUUGCUUGAUAUAUGCUCUCCUGCUCACGGCCGUUAUUGUUUA